CCGUUAAAAUAGGCUAUUUCCCGUGUGGCUGAAUGUACGUUACAGAAAGAACAGGCGACAUAGUGAAACCCUAUCUACUUGAUAUCUCAGUAGGCUUGUGAGUAUGUUUAGAAGUGUGACGGUAUUUUCAGUGUGACCCUUUAACUCAUCUUAAAUCUGAUGUGAAACUUCUGAUAUACUGAUUAUACUACUAGUCUAUACAGCCACUGUACGACCACCAUCAGACUUGGCCCAAAUGGCUGCAUGAGAGAGAGAGAGGUAAAUAGCCACACAAACAAGGCACUGCACCCUCACAAUGGAGUCUUCCGAUGAAGAGUUUAUAAUCGACAUACCGCCGGAGCCCUCUGCUGACAGUUGUAACGGCAGGGAACAAGGGCAUGGUGACAUUGACAACAGUCAAGGAAAUCAGAAAUUGGGACGCCUUAUUUUCCGAGAGACAAUGGGCGCUGAUGUUAAAAUGAUUACAGAAAACUGUGACGUGGUGGAUAUCAACACAGACCAGGAUGCUUUGAACAUGUUGUCAGCGGGAGACAAGAUUAAAGAUGCCCAUCCUGUUGUGACACUGACUUGGGCUUGUCUGACAAACACGCCACGUUCCUUCUGCCAAGUCCACCUUCAUGCAGGAUCGAAAACCAUGAAUGCGGACAUUAUCCUUGGCUUAAUUGGGAACAAUUACAGACAUCUGCGGGGACUAACAGAAAAGAUUCACUCAGACUACCGAGCAAGAGUAACAUACGUACAGGAUAGCCCGUUUGGCUUUGGGCUAGCUCAUGAGAGUGCUGUAAGCUUGGAUGAAAUUGGGAGGGUGAUAGAAGACUUGGAACGAGAUGUCCAAAGUGUCUUAUCUGCUUGUGCAAACAGAGACAUUUCACUGGAACUAAGUUUAGACCUCAGUGAUGCAGCUGAUACAACUUAUGAUGAACGCAAUACUGGGGCAGACAAUACUCCAGUACCCAUACAGACAGCAAACCUAGCACCUUCUGGUGGUGCCCCGGUUUUGGCAAACACAGCUGACAACGUUGAUGAAACCGGGUGUGCGAAUGAAGCUGGAAACCGGAGUACAGUGGUUAAUUCACUGGACGACAAUGACUGUCAGACAGAGAGGAAGUUUGAUGAUAUCGAGGAAAAUCUGAAGGCUCAAAGAAGCGUCAUUGAGGCGAAGUUUGAAGAACAGCGAUCCCAGAACGAGGAGAUUAACACCACGCUGAAAACGCUCAUGUCCUUCGUGCAGCAGAAAAUAAGCACAAAACAGCCAGAGAAAGGCGCCGCUGAGACCUCACAUCCGUCUGGGUCGCCUAAUUUGGACACUGACGGUGACACUCAUCUGGCAUCUACCUCAGAGGGAGGUCAACCUGACAGUGGUGGAAGAAAGGAGGACAUUGUCGCCAUGGCUCAUGUAACUAACUCUGUAGGCCCAGUGAAUGUACGCGGAAGCCAAAUGGAACCCGAGAUUGAUACGCUGGAACAGUUGGGCCAAAAUCAGGAAACAACAAGAGGAUACUGACCAAGAAAGCAUUGCCCGUCAACACAUGGUACAAGAAA